UUGUGUCAAAUCUUUGUUUCUUUUUUUUGUUCACUAUUGACUCCCCGGUCUUUCAGAUUCUUCUUCACAUUUUUCUAAUUUGCACGCAGGGCAUCCAAGCUAUUUUUGCCACCACAUGUUGGUCCCACACCUUUGCCACUCUACUCAUGAAGAUCCUUUCUCAAAUUUGAACUCUUUAACAAUGUGACCCUUGUCUUCAUAGUGUCUAUGAUAAUAGGAUUGUGUCAUGAGACAUCUCUGGAAAGCUUAUGAACUAUUCUGAGGGGAAAAGAGUUGUUCCCAUUCCUUGCUAACGAGGAAUCUGUCAAGUUUCUUCAGUGUUGAAAUAACUUGAUCUUCAGUGUUGAAAUGACUUGAUUGUUGGAUCGAGUGAAGGGAUCAAAUUUCCCAGAGAAGUCGAUACACAUUUUUCAUUGUUUCGUCGAAUACCAACAAAAUCUAACAACCAUGCAAUUUAGUAUAGGUCUCCACAUAACGUGGCACAUUUGUUUGGUCCACAACAGAAUAAAGCAGGGGAACAAGAGCUGUCUGUCUUCAUCCAUCCGAUAGAACUGCGAUCUCCGAGGAGUCGUGGUCUUUCUUCUUCGUCAAAAUGAGGCAGCUGCCGCCACGGCCAUGUACGGGCAGCCACGAUGACACCUCGAUCCACCUUGCCUGCCACGAAACCUCACUCCAUAUAUUUCCCAGACUUCACCAUUUCUAAUCCAUAUUCUCUAAUGACCUCCAUGGCCGCCACCACGGACUACACACUGCUCGGCCCGCCGGAGGCCCGCCAUGCCGCGAUCACGGCGUCGGCACCGACUGGCGAGGCGUUCUCUUCUAACCCAACAAACGGCAACGUCCUCAACAAUGAGAGCAACGCGAUAGGCCCAGCGGGGAAGACACGCACCAAGAAACGUUCGCCGACGUACGCGUCCUCCGGCGACCCCUGUCUGGACUUCUUCUUCCGCGUCCUACCCGCCACUCCGCCGGCCACCGUGGCCAGGCUUCUCGCCGCCGCGUGGGCCGCUGACCCAGCCACCGCGCUCCGCCUCGUCGCCAACCUCCGUGGCGUACGGGGCUCCGGCAAGUCAGACCGCGAGAGCUUCUACGCCGCCGCGCUCUGGCUCCAUGCCAGCCACCCCGCCACGCUCGCGGGCAACGCCGCCAACGUCGCCGCCUUCGGCUACCUCAAGGACCUCCCGGAGCUGCUCCACCGGAUCGUGCGCGGCGGCGUGUCCAACAAAGCCGAGCGAAGGAUGGCCCUCCAUGCCGCAGGGCGCCGCAGCGUCUUUGGCCUUGGCCGCUACCGCGACUCCCUCGGCCGCGUCCGCAACUUCCGCCAGCGCAACCGGCGCCCCAAGAUCAACCGCGCUGAGCGCACCGGCACGGCAGAGGAGCGCCUCGCGGCCAAGCUGCGGCACGAUCGAGAGCUCUCUGCUGCGGCGGUUUUGCCGCGCCGGAUCAAGAGGGUGGAUGCCGCGGCGAGGGCAAUCAGAAUGUACCGCCUCGAUGCAACGUACCGGUUCUUGCAUGAUCGCACGGCCGACCUGUUCGCCGGCCUCCUCGCCGAGGACAUGCGCAAGCUCGCCGCUGGCAACGUCCGGGAGCUCGCCCUCGCCGCGAAGUGGUGCCCGUCGGUGGGCUCGUCCUACGACCGCUCCACCCUCCUCUGCGAGGCUGUCGCGCGACGCCUCUUCCCCAGAGGCUCGUCGGCAGAGCUCCCCGAUGACCUCUCGGACGAGCAUUACGCGUAUCGUGCGCGAGAGCGCCUACGCAGGGCGGCGCUCGUGCCGCUCCGCCGCGCUCUCCAGCUUCCCGAGAUCUUCAUGUCGGCGCGCGCGUGGGAGUCCGUGGUGUACACGCGCGUGGCCUCCGUGGCCAUGAAGAACUACCAAACCGUAUUCCUGAAGCACGACGCGGAGCGCUUCAAGGCCUACCUCGCAGACGUCAAGUCCGGCAAGAAGCGCAUCGCCGCGGGCGCUCUGCUUCCCCACCAGAUAGUCGAGUCCCUCAGCGUGGACGGCGACGCCGGCGUGGCCGACCUGCAGUGGCAGCGCAUGGUCAGCGACAUGCGCGCCCUGGGCAAGCUCACCAACUGCGUGGCCGUGUGCGACGUGUCCGGCAGCAUGACCGGCCUGCCCAUGGAAGUCUGCGUCGCGCUGGGCCUCCUCGUGUCCGAGCUCACCGACGUCCCGUGGCGCGGCCGCGUGAUCACCUUCAGCGAGCACCCACAGAUCCACAUGAUCACCGGAAACACCCUCUCCGAGAAGGUGGGAUUCAUGCGCGCCAUGGAUUGGGGCAUGAACACGAACUUCCAGGCAGUGUUCGACAAGAUCCUCGAGGUGGCCGUCGACGCCUGCCUGCCGCCGGAGAAGAUGGUGCGGCGGGUGUUCGUGUUCAGCGACAUGGAGUUCGACCAGGCGUCGGCGCAUCCGUGGGAGACGGACUACGAGGCGAUCGUUAGGAAGUUCUCGGAAGCCGGCUACGGCGCGGCCGUGCCGGAGAUCGUGUUCUGGAACCUGGCCUACUCCAAAGCCAUGCCGGUGAUGUCCGGUGAGAAGGGGGUGGCGCUGGUCAGCGGGUUUUCCAAGAACUUGCUGAAGCUGUUCCUCGACGGCGGCGGCAUCGUCACCCCGAGGGACAUCAUGGAGAAGGCCAUCGUUGGCCCGGAGUACGACAAGCUCACCGUGUUUGACUGAAGGCGGUGUGCCGCAACAAAGUCGUUCAUCUUGUCAGUCAGACAAUGCCCAUGCUUCCAACUAACCUGAAGUUGCUUCUUUUUUGCAUCUGAAACUUCCACAUUCUCGCGUGUGGAUCAGGAUGCAGUAAUAAGCAGUGCAGCAAGCUCAUCAACUGUAAUGCAUAUGUCUGUCAAAUCAUAAGUCCACACGAUGCCACUAAAUUAAGCACAAUGCUUCUACUACUAGCUCACUAAUCCCUUCGAACCAAGCAAUCAUUCUCGAAUGAUACCAAUCACCGGUUCUUGAUUCCGCAAGCAACCUAAGAUGCGCCGCCGCACGUGACAGACGCCUUCUCACGCCAG